AAUGGUUACAACCUGGAUAUUUAGCUUGAAACCCUAUCAUAUUAAAGAAGGCUUUUAUGCCUACAAUUCUUCAAAAAUAAGAAAAUUUUGACUGAGAAUUUCGAACGUAACAUUUCGUUCGAUGUAAAAAGGGUUUUGUCUGUGAUAAUUCAUCAACAAUGGAUGACGAGAGUAAAGAUUUUAACAACUUGCUUGACGAAAUGGAAAUUGCUGAAGAAGAAGUGGUUGUCAAAGAAGAUGAGCACGAAUGUAGCGGCGAAUUACACUCAGAUAUCGAAAUAGAAGUAGAAGAAGAAGAACCCGAAUCCUGCGAGGAAGCUUUAAAGAUGGAGAUAUCGAGGGAACUAGAUGAAAAAUUGAAAGAAAAUCUGGCAGCUUUAACUUCCAGAGAAUUCACAGUCCGUUUGCGUGGUGCCAAGGGUUUCAGAGACAUGCUGCAGGGAGAGUCUGGUGCGGAAGUUCUUCAGCUAUAUGUUAAGGCUUCGCCUGGUUGUACUGAGCUUCUAGAGGCUUGGAAAUUAGGUAUACAGGGGAAAAGCAGCGUGUCCAUUUUUUUGCUUAUUGCGGAAAUUUUAAAACACCCAGGGGGAAAGGACGAUUGUUCCGGUGAUCAUAGAAGUAAAAUUACUAUGUAUGUAAGUCUGAGAUUGGAUAAAUUGGCGAGUACAAUUGUUAGAACGAAGAUGCAUGAUGUAUAUGAGGAAAUUAAUUCGCACGGGCAGAAGCGGCAGAAUGCUGUUCUGCUGCUUAUGGCUGCAAUUGUUCGGCGAGGGAGAACUCUUUCAUCCGAGGUUGCAGCAAGUUUUGAUUUUGAAAACAAAGUUAUCCCUAAGUUGGCAGAGUGGCCCAAAGGUAAGAAAAAAGGUGGCGAGGACAAUAAGAAGACUACAUUUUUGACAAGAAGAGGGUUUAUAGAAUUUGCAAUGGCUUUUUUGGAAGCCAGCACUCCGAGUGUCCUAAGGCACGUGCUUCGGAAGCAGUCUCUUUAUGGUGGUGUUCUGCGUGGGCUAGGAAAUGAUGAUGAAGAAACAAUUGUAUAUGUGCUUGGCAUUAUGCGAGAAAAGGUGUUGGGUGCGAGCUCCAUGGUGCCUUCUUGGGUUCGCAGUGCAGUGUUUGGGGAUACAGCCCUUGAACAAUUGAGUAUAAUUUCUGCGAACUUUUCUUUAGGAAAAGCUGCAGAUGUUGCUUACGAGGUUCUGCUGAUGCUUUGCACUGAUUCUUGUCAUGGACUUUUUCCAGAGCUUCCCCAAACUUGGGGCAUUUUUACGGAGAGUAAAAAAUUUCAUGGAGGUAAUUCAGCAAGGUUACUGAGAUUGAUGUUGAAAUUAAGGUCAUCUGAUGUAGACAAUCAUAGAAAUCUACUGCUAGCAAUAGUUAGCAAUCAACCGUCAUUGGUUUCUGCAUACUUGGACUCUUUUCCUUACUCGCUUGAGCCACGGGCAUCAUCUACAUGGUUUGCAGCUAUAUCUCUUGUAUCUGAUUUGAUACAAGCUUCUAAGGUAUCUCCAUCAUUUUCUUCACUUGCAACAGAAGGGUUUUCUCCUCCUUCUCUGGAGCAUCCUAUGUUAUGUGAUAGAUUGAAGUGCAUGCUUCCUCGCUCAUUUAGUCGGGCUAUGAUUAAUAGGGGCCUCUUGCAUGCUAACAUAUUUGUGAAGCAUGGUACUCUGCGAGUACUUAAAGAUUCAUUGGAUUCUUUAGAAUCCUUAUUAAAUGCAAUACGUGCUUCAGCAGAAAAUGUAACCAAGAGGGGGCACUCUAAUGAAAUGCAGAAAGAAUGUUUGUCUAAAUUCAUAUCUGAAAGUCAUUUAUUGGAAGUAAAGGGAUUAUCUGGUUUAACUGUUUUAAGAGCCUUAAGCGGUUUUGCACAUAGUGAAGAAAAGAGCUCACAUACUCUUAUUGAGCUCUCCAGACAGAAGUGGUUUUUUCUUUAUCGGGAAGUUCAGGAUGAAGUAAGGGGAUUAUUGCCAGAUCCUCAAGUUUUUCUAUCCUUGCUUUCAUCCACGAAGUCUAGAUUAACUGGAAGUGCUGCCAAAAGCAAUAAGAGAAAUUUCCCUUCAACAAAUUCUGAGGAGGUUGAAACCAAUUCAAAAUUCAAAAAAAAAAAGUCUGACUCAAUUGACAAUGGUGUUGAAAUUGUUGUUAGUGGAAUCAAUCAUGGGGAUGGAAAGGAUAUACUUGAGGGAUCUGGAGCAUUUUAUCCUAAUCAAGACAGCCAUGCCUUUGAUAGCACGGAUGAAGAUUUGAUAUCAAUCACUCAGAUAUGGGGCAUACAGGAUGUAGUUUCACACAGAGAUGAUUCUAACGAUGAGGAAAGUGUGCUUUACACCAAAGUUCUUGAUGUGUUGGGUUUGUAUCAGAGGACAUUAUCCAUUUCAACAAGUGAGUGUUCUUUUGACGCCUUCAAACUUCUCCCAGAAGAACCUUUGCACUUAUCCACUUCCCAUCAACAGGCUAUUUUAUCUCUGCUAGUAGAAGCUACAGGAGGGCUAAAUCUUCCCUCCUCAGGAUUUGAAAGCCAUAGGCCCAUCACAGGACAGCUAUAUAAAUAUUUGCGGCCAUUACUGAAGUUGAUGUUGUAUUCUCCAGCAAAAGAUGUGAGAAGGUAUGCCCACCUGUUGGCAUAUAGAGCAAUGUUAAGCACCUGUGCCUUUGAGAGAAACAAAGGAGAAAUCGAAGUUUGGUUUUCCUUCUUGUCCGUUCAGAACUCUGCAGAGGUGGUCAUCAAGAAAAGCCAAGAAAUACAAAUGCAUGAAUGCAAAAUCAGUGAUAUGUCUGGGGGUUUAGCCUCCACAGUGGUGGAAUUCUUAUGUGAUGCUGUAUCUACAGUUGGCAAGAAUUUAUUCAAGUAUCUGGACGAACAACAUUGCCUUCUCUCUACUCUUAGUUCAAGGGAAGAUCUUGCACCUCCACGUUUUAGUCCUCUUGUGAUCUGUGUCUUGCAAAAGUGCCUUCGAGUUGUUGAGUCAAGUUCCAAAAGCCAGAAGCUUGCCCACCGGACAAUGAUUUCUUUCUAUGUGGCCAGUGUGAUGAACUUUCUUUUGCAGGUUCAGGCUAAUUCAAGGCCAUUAUCUUUCACAAUUGUGACUACUUUGCUUGGGAAAGUCAAUCAAUUAUAUGAAUCUGAUCAUGGUUCAGAAGAUUUUCUUUGUGAAUGGAGUCCAUUGAGAAGUUUGCUUCUUUUUGCCCAAGGUAUAUCAUCCGAAGAGAAAAUGAGAUUCAGCUUGGAAUCAAUUAACCACUUCUGGAGCAAAGGCAAUCCUACUAUUCAACAAUCUCUUUCCCAAGUGCUGUCACUUGUAGAAAAUACAGAUUUUGAGUUCGUAUUUGGUGCAGCAACUGCAUUUGCAUCCUCCAUAGUAUCUGCAAUGCCAGAGGAAAUAGUGGAAAACUUUCCUUCCCUUGUUACAUUCUGCCAUAAAGUUUUUGGAAAGGAUUAUUAUGUCUUGCUGGCUUUGUUAUGUGCACACAGAGAUCUUUUUGGUAGAAUUGCUGAGGCCUGGGAUGAUUAUUUCUCAUUGGGUCUGAAGCUUGCUGGAAAUUUUUUUCUGACAAAUAGAUAUAAUAUUAAUCUUCAAGUACAACAAGUUGAUAAGCAAGAUUUUUCUGUGAAUGAUGGUUUCGAAUUUUACCAAAUGAUACAUGAAAGUACAGAGAAGCAGUUGCUGUCUGUUUCCAUGGGUGAUGCAUGUUCUAACGAUCCAGCUACUGUUGCUUUUGCUUCGUUUAUCAAAUCUAUACCGUUUUCUGCUUUGUUUAUGUUAAGUGCAAAUAGUUAUCAAUCAAGGCUUUUGAGCUGCAUGCCCAUGAAAGCCAUUCUGGAGGCAAAAUUAUCUGAAGUUUCUUGCGAUUAUAUUAACAUGCUACAGUUGAUUUUGCAUUGGAUUCUACAGAUAGAAUCAUCAUGGAGUGAAGGGGCAGACUCAAAAGUGCAACUAGAAACUUGCUUUUGUCUCUUAAGGAAUCUUCUAAUUCAUACUAUAGAGGGGUUCUGGAGUGAUCAUUGCACAGAUAGACUUGAUGUUGGUUUGGAUACGAUCUCUAUUGAAGAAAUAAUUCAUACAGUUCUAGAUCAUCCUGUAAUAAACAUGUUUAUGCAUAAAUGGAUGUGCCAUUCUGUUUCAAAGAAUACUCAAGGCUUAGAAAAUUGUGAUACAGAGCAUGUGAAAUUGCAUUGCAAUCAAUGGCAGAGAAAAACUGAUCAGACAAGUUGGAAGAUAUUUUUGGGUCUAUGUCAGGAGAAUGUUCAUGUAAUUGAUAAUGGCAUACUCAAUAUAUUGAUGACCCUGAUGGAGUUUGUAUCUUCUCAGUGUAAAAUCAAUCGAGGUCAAGCUUUAAAUCAGUGGGACUCCUUUUGCAAAGCUAUUGUAGCGUCUUCCAAACCUCUAAUUUUGCAGUCAUUUGCAGUUUUUAAAAUUGAAAUCGCUAAAAGUAUGAAAGGAAUUUCUUAUGAAAUAUCUCCGUUACCUUCAUUCUAUGUGCUUUCUGUUUUAAGUCCAUUUGUAUCCCCUUUCAGUUUACUUGAAUUAGUGCAUUGGAUGUUUUCUAAUGACAUCUAUGAGCAUAUGGAAAAUGCAACCUCUGUUCCACGCCCAAAUAUUUCUUAUUUGGAUAUUGGACUGUAUUUUGGGACUGUAGCUUUUGAAAUGUUCCAUGCUUAUUUGAAUCAGGCUAAGGGAGAUGCUUGCAUUCAGAAGUUCUUUUGGGAUUUGGAUGGUCAAAAUCUUGAUGCAAAUUUAGUUCGAGAAGUGUAUGUAAAAAUUAUUGAAGUAGCCAUCAAACAGAAUUCCAAAACUUCAGAACUUUGUCUGCUUGCAGCUAUGAAAGCAUUGCAUGUAGAAAUGGGAGCAGUUAUCCCCCCCUGCAUUUUACCAAUCGGAAUAUUUCUGGCCCACCUGAGUGUCUUUACACCUACAGAAUUGGUCAAAUAUUGCAUAUAUAAUACAAACCGGGUGAAAGCAGAGAUAUUACUUCUUUUGACACAGAUAAGUAAUCUGCAUUUGACUAUUUAUGGUGAACUGAUUGGGGCCAAUAUGACUAUUGAUUGUCCAGCUAUACAUUUAAUCCACGUAAAGAAUGACCUUAUAAUUGAUGAGAAAUAUCUGGAAGAAAACACUGAUUUUAAAUUAUCAGAAAAUGAUCUUCUUGUACUUCUGCCUGUUACACUAAGGUACAUUUCUUCAAAUUCAAGGAGAACAGGAGCUUCAUUUUUACAGUCAUCGAAGAUGAUCACAGUUAAUUAUUUUGAUAUUCUCUGGAAAGUAUUCAUGAAGUGGGAUAAGUAUACAUGCUCUAAAGAAUUUGACAUUUUAGAGUAUGAUGAAGAGAGAUAUAUGAUAACGGAAGAUUUUAUCUGUUAUUUCCAAGGCACUUUGCUUGGGCAAGCAAUCCAAAUGUUGAAGGCUUUUCCUAGUUUAGAAAAAUUACGCAAGAAAAGGAGGAAACUUUUUACUUGCAUUGUUUCAAAUAUCCGUUGUCUUCUGGAUUGCUUUAACAAUGAUGUAAAUGCUUUUUCUUUCAAAGAGAUGUUAAAUGUAGCGAACAGAGUAAUUGCUAAAGUCAGCUUGGCAAGGUGGUUAUUGUUCCCAAAAUCUGCUUGUUUGAAUGUGCAUCCAGAAAGGAAUUCUGAAGAACAGCCACAAAAUGGUGUAUCCAAAUGUGGUCCAGGUAAAAUGACAGAGUCUGAUAUUCUUGAGUGGAAAAUGGAAACAUCUGAGUAUGCCAGGUUUAUCAACUGUUUGAUUGGCUCUCUAAAUGCAAUCUUUCAACUUUCUUCCAUCCAGUCUCAAACAUUUGGUGUUAUGGAAAGCAGGAACCGAGCCAACUUGUUGAACUUUGUGGAGAAGACAAUACUAAAUAACUUGGUUGAUGUGUCCAAAGAAAUAGGCAUUCAAUCUGUUAAAAUUCAGUAUCUUCCUUCGCUGAAAGCUUUCACUAAAUUGAUUUUUCUCCAUAGGUUUGAGAAUUGCAUGGCAUUGAACACAUUACGUUGUCUUUUUCUUCUUCUAUCAGUAAAGGGACACGACUCUGAUAUUGUUGUUCAAUUUGUAGAAGAUGCCUUAACAUUUCUUAUGGCACAUUCUCAGUUUAUACCCACCAUGCUUUCAACAAGCUUUGAAUCUUCACAAUCUCAUGGUCAGUCAGAUAAAGGAACAAUGUUCAGGUCUUUAACUGGUAUAUUAAACUUGCUUGCAUUUUCAAGUCCGGGCCAACAUGGGGCUCUUAACAGUGAGAAUAUGACCAUUUAUCCCAGUGUUCCCAGUAGGGGAACAAUAAAAAUAUCAACUAGUAACGGAGAAGACUUAUAUUUUGAAGAGAAGAAGAAGUUAGAAAUUGUUAAGCUGUUGAGGAUGUUGUAUCUUCUCAGGGUUCAGCUUGGUUCUUUGAGUGGAUCAGGGGAAACAUUUAUGAAUGCAAAAAAAUUAGUUUCUUUGUUAUUAGCAGGUUAUGGUGCUACAAUAAGUGACUGUGACCUGGAAAUUUACAGCCUUUUGCAUGAAAUUGAAUGUUUCAAUUUGAAAAAUUUCUGUGGCUUGUCUGAAAUGGAUUACCUUUGGGGUGAAGCUGCAUUGAAAACGGCAGAAGAACGCAAGAGCGGCUUUAGGGAUAAUCUUUUAAUAGACCCAAAGGUUUGUGGUGAAACUAUCCUGUACUUUCCAUUUAACCGAAGUGCAUGGGAUGGACCCUUAGAUCUAUCCGAAUUUGCAGAGAGGAGCUUCAAGAAUAUAACUCUUGAAACUGAAGAAAGGCCAUCUUUGAAUAGUUCAUGCAUUGUUUGUUAUGAUCCGGCUUUCAUUUUGGAAUUCUCAUUACAUGCAUUGGCAGUCAAAUACAUUGAUCCUAUGGAUUUUUCUCGCUUGGGGCUACUUGGUUUAGCAUUUGCUAGCUUAUCGUCUCCCAAUGAAAGUAUGCGCAAGCUUGCUUAUGCUGUGCUUGGAAGAUACACUCAAAAUCUGGAGAAUGGUCGAAAUUUCAAGGGGAGGUCAGAGAUACUACUCUUAUUAACACAUGUGAAAAAUGGAAUAGUGGAGCCAUGGCAAAAAAUUCCUUCUGUGAUGGCCAUCUUUGCAGCUGAAGCCUCCUGUAUUUUGAUGGAUUCUACAAAUAAUCACUACACUGCUAUCAUUCGAUUUCUGAUGGGGGCUCCUACAAUGGUCCUUGAGAGCAUACCCCUCUUUCAUAAGAUGUUUGGAAGUGGUAAAGACCAUUAUCAAAAUGAUCGAAUUUGGAUUCUCCAUCUUGUGGCUGCGGGAUUGAAUUUAACCGAUGAUUUCCAGAUAUAUCGGCGGAAAUUUGUGCUUGAAUUCCUAAUGAGUUUUUAUGGUUCGCCUCUCGCAGACUUCAAAACUAAGUUAUUUGUUCUUCAGGUACUCCAGAAGGCAGUUAAAAGGAAAGCAAUAGCUCAGUAUUUGGUGGAGCGGGCAGGCUUGCUAUUAUGGCUUUCCUCUGCUGUCUUAAAUUGUGAGAAGUCAAAAUUAGGCAGAUCUGAUAUAUGCUUUGUGUCUAUAGCAUUGGAGAUGAUUGUUGAUUUGCUUUCAUGGAGAAGUAUAUAUCAACAGUUGCUUACAAAUGGUUUCGAGCAACUGUCUCAAACUGCGGCUUGUUUGCAUCACUUUCUUGUAUAUAAUUCAAGCUUGUUAGGAUGCCAAGAUACUUUCGUUAAAUCUGUUCUUCAUAUUCUGGCAUCUACAAUCAGUUUAUCUCAGCAGCGGAGGCUCUAUCAAACACAUUUUUGUUUGUCUUUUGAAGGCUUAUUUCAGGUUAUACAGGUAAUUGAACUUACAGAUCCUGACAUGAUCUCUAGGGAUAUCGUUCAACUGGGAUUGAAGAUUAUUCUCACUAGUUUUCCACCAGCCGUCAAUACUGUCAAGGAUAAACUAAAGCUAUUAAAAUUGGCUUUGUGGGCUAUUUCCAGUGCCUUACAAGCCCAUUCCCUAUCAAGUAUUGAAGAGGAAGUAUAUGCUGACAAGCAGUGGAAAUCACUUAAAGUUAAAGAAUAUCAAGAAGCUUUAAUGGAUAAAUUGCUUCGGUGGUUAGUAGCUUCCGUUAUCUGUGGGAAGAUUCUUAGGGCAGACAAUCAAAGACAUGCCCUCUAUCCCAUGGAAAAACCUAAUUUUGAAAAUUUAGUGUCAUUACUAAACUAUUUGAAGGCAUCAAGUCAUCUUUCUGAAAUUGAGAAAAACGCUGAGGUGGACAAGAAUUUGGCUCAGUUGAUACUAUAUCUCCAUCAGCUUGUUGGAGUUCGCUGCAGAGUGCUCCCAUCAGUCGUUGCUGCAGUUUCUUUGCUGUUGCAUUCGGGUGACAUUAAUUUCAUUGAUGGGACUUCCUGGCAUACAGGUCAUUCCAGUAUGUUGGCUCUACUUUUGUCAGAGGUUCCAUGUCCAGUAGAGGUCUAUCCUUCAUGGCGAUGGUCAUUUUAUAGUCCAUGGGAAGACUUAUCUUCAAAAAUCUCAGAAAAGCAAAGACUAUAUGAAAAGGAUGUUUGUCAGGUCCUGCUGAGAAGUUACCAGAAUGUUUUAUCUGCCACAACACCACCUUUUCAUUUGAUUAUUUCCAGGCAGCAAUUGGAUUCAUCAGAUGCUGUACCUUCUCUGAGAAAUGAAGUCUGUAACAAACUUGAUGGUUUAAAGGAAGAAAUGUGCAAAGCUAUAUCUAAUGGGCAGAGUCAUUAAGUUCUAGAGAACUUUCCUUCUACAUGAAUGGUGAUCAAUGAUAACAUUACCAAGGACAGGUCAACAUAUAGGACGUUUUGAUAAACAAGGUCAAUGUUACUUGUCAUCAUAAAAUUCUGCAUGCUGUUCCUCUGCAGAAGAGAGAUUCUUGCACUUGCAGGAGAAUAAAUGUUGUGAUUGAAGUUUUCUGUGACCGCUCAGUGUUUUUCAUUUGAGAGAUCAAUGGUGUCAAACCAGCUGAGGGUUUUUCAACCCAAUUUUGAUGCAGAUGAGAGCAUCAGGUACAUAUAAGAGCUACAGAUAAACUGCAUAGUUGGGGCUCUCCACCAGCCAGAGUAUCGAUUUUUUUUUAAACAGAUUAAAUAUUGCAAGUGGCAGAUUGUUAAAUCCAUUUAUCCCUGAUGGAAGUCUUGGGCUUGCAGGUUUAGAUGGGUGAAAAUUCUUUCAAUAUUAUGUUUUAGGGUCAUAUGACUUGCCCACAAUAAUCUACAACAUUUAUCAACUUUGUGGGAAGGAUUGUUGGAUUGUAUGCGGUGGAAUGUUUGAGGUCCAUCACACACGUCCCUUUUACAAGAAAGCCCAAGCCAAAAAACGAAUUUAAGGUAUCAGUUUGAAAGAACUGGAAAAAUAGUUUAAAAUGAUCCAAGCCAACUCAAAGGUGCUUUUUUAGAGCUCAAGGUGACAUGGCUAUAAAUUAUGUGGUGGAGCAAAAAAUCAUGAAUGCAGGGCCAGGCAUUUGUUAUUUGUGUGUGAUAAGCUUGAAGUAUAGAUAUGAUGUAUCUUUCUAUGUCAUUGCAAAAGACAUCUGGUGCUUGCAAGGUAUGGCAGGACUACUGUUGUAUCAGAUAGAUUGCAUGUUUGCAUUGGGGAACAACAAUUGACAACAAUAGGUCUCUAACAGGAGUAAAAUGUUUGAAAAGCCAAGGUUAUUUUUCAUGAGAAUUUGAAAGGCUUGGACUGAUGCAAAACAAAGUGUGCUAUGCAUCUAUCUAACUAAUUUUUGCAUCCAUAAAAACUAAUGGAUGCCAAGAUGCUGAAAGUUACUAAGAGAAUUAGUUGAUAUAUUUUAUUGAAAAACUGGGAUUUUGCAACCUUGUCUUGAGGAUAUGUAUUUGAAUUGCAGAGAGAAUAAAAUCCACAGGAAGUCAUUGCAUGGA